AUGUAAUGAAAUGUCCCGGCCACGCCAUAUUGAAAUCAGAGCAUUUGAGUUAAUUUUUGCCUAAACUGUGUAAAUUUUACGAAAACUAUUCUUAUCAAAUUUACUAAAUUCCAAAAACCCGUUAAAGUGAUUCAAUAUCAUAAAUAAAUGGCCAGUACACGAUAGUAGUAAAUGUUGAUGCAAAAAAUGCUUUAACGAGUGAUGUAUUCUAAUAAACAAUUGUUUUUAUUAAUUGUGAAUUGAUAGUGCGGUGUGUUUGCAUAAAUUGAUCUCAGAUCGUGAAGAAUUAUAUUACUUUGAUCUCGCAUUGCGAAUGCUCUUCGCGAAUUGAUACUAUGCUUGUAAUAUUGGUGCAAAUAAAACCUAAUUUGCCACAAAAUCACUUGAAUGGAUAUGUAAAUAUGUAAAUAUGUUAUAAUUGAUGAGAUACCAAUCCCCUGUGAAAACUUUAAAGUGUUAUGUUAACUAAACUCAUCAAAUAUUGCAAUAUGCUCGAAAUUAAUUUGUAAUGACAUUUGUUUAUAUAGUUCAAUUAGUGAUAGAUUUUACAGAAUUAACAUGGAAAAAAUGGAUCUAGACGAUAACGUAGUAGAUUUAAGUAUAAGUAAUAGACGUGAUCCAUCGCUAACAAUAACCCCAGCAACUGUAAGGGAUUUACGAGCUCUGACAACUUCAGGGCUUACCAUAACUCCUGCGCCAGCCUCUGUAUAUAGAACAGAUGCUACAGCAAAUUCAACUUCUAAUGCUACUAACAAUAAUACCCUCAGUGUAACAGCAACUGCUGCUGCCACUACAACCGAAAAUCCUAGAAAUAGUUUAAACAAUCGAAGAGUAUUGAGACCGAGAACUGAGCCUAGAAGUUAUGCCGAAACUCCUGACAUUGUGCUGUUACCAGCAAAAGUUAAUGGAAAUAGUAGAGGAAUGUCUAAUGGAAACUAUGAUUCAGAUUCUGAUGACUGUGAUGUGCCACCUUUGUAUCCCAUCAAGGAAUUGACACCGGCUGAAAUUCAGGAACGAGAUCAAUGUAUUAGAAAAUUGAAGGAAGAAUUAAGAGGAGAAGAAACUAAAUUAGUAUUGUUAAAAAAAUUGAAACAGUCUCAACAAUUAAAAGAUGGAUUAACGGUUCUACCAGCAAAUACAACUCUGACUCCUGCACAGCCAGGUAGUGGAGGUGCUACACCUUUAUUGUCAAAUAAAUCUAGUUUGACUGUUACACCAGCAAUCGGUAAUAAUUUACCAGGCUUAACACAACAGCCUCAGCCUGCACAUUUAAGAAGCAGUAAGCCUGCUACUGUACUGAGAGGGCAACCAUUACCUGGACGUGCCAACACCACUGUGUUACCAUCACCUCGUAGUUCUCUUCCUGGUGGAGCGACUCUGACACCUGGACCAGCCCAUCGUUCUAAUUCUGGUCAAUCACAAUUAGGCAGACCUGCAAAUAUCACUAUUACACCCAGUGUUACUAUUACACCAACCAGUGGACCACCUGUUCAACAAUCUAAUAAGAUUAAUAAGAGUUCCCAUAAUGAAAGAUCUCGAGAUGAUGGUCAAACGCCAGCACAACGUCAAGCUGCUGCUAAACUUGCUCUCAGAAAACAGUUGGAGAAAACUUUGCUUCAGAUUCCACCACCCAAACCACCCCCACCAGAAAUGCAUUUUAUACCAAAUCCAUCAAAUACAGAGUUUGUAUAUUUGCUUGGUUUAGAACAUGUUGUAGACUUCAUCACAAAGGAAAGAAAAAGUCCUCCUGCACCAGAGCCAUUCAAAUGUCAACAAUGCCGAAGUGAUUUUACUCCCGUGUGGAAAUGGGAGAAGCAAGGCAAACAUCGUCCUGCAAAUGCAACUUUCCAAAAUCCUCAAGGCAAGGAUCCUCGUGUCAUAUGUGAGCAGUGUGUUACAUCAAAUGUAAAGAAAGCAUUGAAAGCAGAACAUACCAAUCGCCUAAAAACUGCCUUUGUCAAGGCACUACAACAGGAGCAAGAAAUUGAGCAGAGACUUACAUCAACUUGUAGUAAUAAUAGUAGCAACCUGAGUAAUUCUAAUAAUGUUAGUUCUUCUUCUUCACAUCAGUCUACUAGUGGGAGCCUGGUACAUCAUCAUCAAUCGCACCACAAUAGGUCUAGCCCAUCACCUUCAGCAUUAUCAGUGCUGCCUCCAGGAGUGACUGCCACAGUUAUAGAACCAAGUCAAAACCAGUCCUCUGUAUUGCCACCGCCAAAUUCAACAUCGGCGAAAGGUUCCAACUCAUCAGGUGUACAUCGGCAUGCUCCUACACCUCCUGCUAGACACACACCUCCUCCAUCCACUAGCUCUAGAUCACGUCAUUCAGCAUCAAACUUGGAUGCUGCAAAUUUGGAUAAAGCAUUCCUUAAUCAAAGCCAUCUAGGUGCUUUAAGUAGUUUAGCAAGUUUAGGCGGAUUGGGAAAUCUGGGAAAUUUGGGAAACCUGGCAAAUUUAAAUAAUACUUCAUCUUCUUCACAGCAGGCAACCAUGCAAGCUUUACAUAAUCAAUUGAUCAGAGGUAUGUUUUCAGGUUUAUCUCAAGCAGGUUUGACUGGAAACUCAUCACACAUGUUGCCAUUUUCCCAACUGUUAUAUCCAUAUCAAUUAGCUAUCGCACAGGCUGCUGGGCUUGGUAAAUCUGGUGUGCCAAAUUUAGCAGAUAUGCAGAGAGCGGCAGAAUUGCAAAGGCAAUAUUUACUAGAUAUGAUUCCUCCACAAAGCUCAUCUAAUCAAAGACAAAAUAACUGGAAAACGUAAAAAUGGAGGCAUUUCUAUCACGAGUUCUUUGUGAUAAAUUUGUUCCUGAAGUGUGUGGUUGUCCUCCCAAAUCGACAAUUUGUGAAUAUCAUGUGUUAUAACUAAGGUAUUUAUAAAAAUAAUUAUAGUAGGUAAAAUAAAACAAUUAA